AUGACAGAUAUACAAAACCGACCAUCGGCACCUAUAAUUCCUGACCCCCAAGAACAGUACUAUACCGGUCAAGUGCCUAGUCAAUAUGAAUUAGAAAUUGAACCUUAUGAAGCACCACCACAGUACCCUUACCAACCAUUCUCUAGUAAUUUAAAUUAUGCCCCAUGUGUUGAUGAAGAAGCAGAUAGUAAUAUCGAACUACCCAAAAAGAAAGGCUUAUCGUCUUCUUCAUCUGAAGAAAUGAAAAAACCUCAAAGAGGGUCAUCAAAAAAAUCAAAUUCUUACCUAUUAAUGAUAAUCAUUGCUGACAAACUCUUGUUCAUUUUAUGGGUAGCAACACUCACCACAUUCAUUUUGAUAGACAAACUUCGUCAUGAUAAUUAA